AAUCUAAUUUCCUGUAAUUAUUGUGUAAAAUGCAGGUUAAAAUCCUAAUUUAUGUGAUUAAAGACAACAUAUCCUCAUAGAUUUGGUUUUCACUACAAUGAAUGAUGAAGCCUACCUGUUAUUAUUAUUGACUGUCUAACUUGAUUUUUAAGAAGGCAAUACUCUAUCUAAUUUAUAUAAUUACACAUCAUCGACAAAAUGAAAUCGGAAUUAUUAAAAUCCCAGAUUGUUGAUCAGCCUAGUACGAAUUCAAAUCACUUAUUACAAGGAUAUGAGAAUUUGUGUUCUAGUGUACCAGGGUUAACAUCAAGUGGAUAUUUAGAAGCAAUGAUAAAAUAUGUUAAAUAUUGCGUUGGCGGUGAUCAUACUGAAGAAAUGUUACAAAUUUUGACUAUUGAAUUAACUGAGCUAAAUUCUCAUAAUCUACUUAGUCAAAGUGAAUUGAUUGUAUUAAUUUGUAUAUAUACACUUAUGAUAUUAUUCGGUUCAUGCGGUUCAUUAUUUGUUGUUUAUAUCGUGAUUAAAAAGCCUAAAAUGCGUACACCACGUAAUCUGUUUAUUGUCAAUUUAGCUAUAAGUGAUUUAAUCCUAUGCUUAUUUACACAACCUUUCAAUUUAUUACGUAUAUUAUAUUGGCAUUUUGAUUGGAAAUUAGGACAGAUUAUGUGUAAAGCAGUAGCUGUGGGACAAGCAACAAAUAUAUUUGUUUCUACAAUCAGUAUUAUAGCUAUUGCUUUAGAUCGCCUACAAGUGAUCGUUUAUCCCACGAAGAAGACUGUUCAGAAUACUGGUGCAAGUUUUAUUAUAAUCUCUAGCUGGUUGUUUGCACUUUUUAUGGCCAGUCCAAUGUUCAUCUUCACAUCUGUUAGUGUUGAUACUAUUCGACCGAAUGGUCAUAUAUGCAGUGCUAGUACAAUACAAGGUGAAUGGCUUCGUCAAAGUAAAUAUAUCUAUGGUGUAAUUACAAUAGUUUUCCAGUAUUGUUUACCUUUAACACUGGUCAGUUAUGCCUACAUACGUAUAUGUCAACGAAUACGCCAACGACAAUUCAGAGAAGUACGACAACGCACUCCAAUUAUAAUCACAGCUGAAUUAAUGUCAGCGAAUCAAAAAGAUUUUGUAGAAAUUGAACCAGAUUGUUGUAAUAGUGGAAAUACACUGAAACCAGAUAAUAAUAUGAAAGUAAGUCAGGCGUUGAAUAGUAAAGUAAAGCAUGACGAUUCAAUGACAAAUAAUUACAAAGAUCAUACAGUUAACUCUUCAAGACGUUUUAAACUACCAAUAUCGUCUACAUCAACAUCAUCUUAUGAUAAUAUUGCCCUACCAAAAAUUGAAAAUUCUCGAUUUAAGAUUAUUCAACGACGUCAAACACGGACGAAUACAUUACUAGCCUCGAUUACAAUUUUAUUUGUCUUAGCAUGGUUACCUUUGCAUAUUUUUAAUCUUGUUAUGGAUAAACGUGAAUCUUUAAUCCUUAGAGAACCAUUCGAUAUCACCUUAUUACCUCAGACAGAGUAUAUAAAUAAGAGUAUUACUGAGGCUUACAACUCAGAUCAACAAUUUGAAAUCAUGAAUCAACAGAUGACUGCAUUUUCAUUACCCCCACAUAAUAAAAAACAAAAAGAGAACAAUGAAUAUGGUAUUGGCAGAAAAAUUACACUAAUUCAUUCCUUUUGCCUAUUAUGCGUUCUAGUUUCAGCCUGUGCAAAUCCUGUUCUUUAUGGAUGGUUGAAUGAAAAUUUUCACAGAGAGUUAACUUUAAUGUUUCCAUGGAUAUUUCGAACAAAACAACAGGAUUCAACAGUUUCAAUGAAUGCUGAUCGAAAUUAUCCUAGCACACUGCAAUAAAAUUUCCCCUACAAUAUUAUCAAUCAGAGUAUACAUAUAUAUAUGUUUUAAAUAUUUUUAUUGUUUGUUUUUCUUUUGAUUUUUUUUUGCCCGAAAUACACAUGAAUAUUAUUUUCGAAAGAGUGAUCGAAUUCCUUAUUCUUCGCUUUCGGUUUUUUCUUUCUUUCUACUAACUGUAAUUACUUAGGCAUCUUCUACACUUUUAACACACCGUAUAUAUCAACAUGUGCUCUCUUUGAUGUAUUCCAGCACUUGUUAUUUUGGCGCCUACUUAAUAUUUUUAGAAAUAUAAAACAUUCUGUUGUCAGAAUAGUUGUACUGUAUUCAUCAAAUAACUGAUGCAAUUGAAAAAAG